GGCAGCAAUAAACUGGCAAGGGAUCACCUUCAACUGAAAUUUCUAUCUUGUGAAAUCUGUGGUGCAUUGCCGUGAAGCGGCUUGGAGAGGGCAUCCGCCCCUUGGUGUUCUCAGGAGGGAAGGUGUAUGCUACGAAGCCUCGGUAUAUUUUGAAGAUUUCCUGCAGAUCAAGGAAUUUUGCAGGGCCGUCUGACUGCUGCAGUCCGUUUGCCGCUUGCAUUUUCGAGGCAUAUACCCCUCAAGCGAUCUGCUUUGGGGCGGCCGAUCAGUCCGAUGUACCACUUUGAUCAGCACGAGGUUCUUGAAGGUUUUUUGAAGUCAUGGGGCAUGAUUUUGCUCUCAGAGAUCGGCGACAAGACGUUCUUCAUUGCGGCCAUCAUGGCCAUGAAGAAUCGUAGGCGGACGGUUUUCAUGGGCGCCAUUGGUGCUUUGGCAUCGAUGACUGUACUAUCAGCUGCGAUGGGAUGGGCAGCACCAAACUUGAUCUCCAAGAAGUACACCCACUAUGCUGCAAUCACGCUCUUCCUCUACUUUGGCUUGCGAAUGCUGUACGAGGUGGCUGUUGGUGGUGAUUCGGAGGGUGCAUCGGAGUAUGAGGAGGUGGAGAAGGAGCUGGGGAGCAAGGCUGCCAAGUCAGGGUCCAAGGGGAGUCUCAAUGGGGAGGGGGACGCCAAGGGCAGGAACAAUGGGCAGCUGCUGCGGCGGCUCUUCUCGCCAGUCUUCCUCGAAGCAUUCGUGCUCACUUUCCUCGCAGAGUGGGGCGACCGGAGCCAGAUUGCGACGAUCGGCCUGGCUGCAUCAUCGGACGUUGUGGGGGUGACGCUGGGCGGCAUAGUGGGGCACUCCAUCUGCACAGGGGCGGCGGUGCUGGGAGGCCGUCACUUGGCCUCCUACGUGGACGAGCGCACCAUGUCCCUCCUGGGCGGGCUCCUGUUCAUUGCCUUCGGCGCCCACGCAUACUGGGAGGGAGUUCCCACAUGACUUCAGUGGGCAAGCUUGGCUGGAUGCCUCGAAGAAAUUAUGAAGGAGGAGUGGCCUCAAAAGAGACUUUCUGGAUCAUAGACAACAGCAAUGUGCUAGCAUCUCGACUGCAGUGAAUGUAACAGCAAGGUCAAGACGGGGACAGUAUUCUUUCAGAAUUCAGUCAGAGGAUAGGACGUGAACAAUAGGAGGCUAGAACUUCAGAUGCAGUGACGGCGCCUGACAUUGGCUUAGUCAGGAAAGGUCACUUUCAAGAAUUAUUUGGCAUUUAAAGAUCUCUUUGUAAAUCCAUCAUGACGGGCGC